GGAUGCCAGCCGUGAAGAAACGCAAGUUUGGCUAGCUCACGUGCCACAAACAAAACAGACGGAAGGUUGAUGUGUCUGCAGGCUUAGUCGAGCGCAACAGCAGAGCAGCAGUGCAGCCCGGAGCAAUUGGAGAUAUUUAACGUUUUUUCAACAUUAGCAAAGCUCAAGUAGACACCGUCUGGUGAGAAAUGGCAGAAGGAGGCUUUGACCCUUGCGAGUGCAUCUGCAACCAUGAAUAUGCUAUGAGGCGUCUCAUCAACCUGCUCAGGCAUUCACAGUCCUACUGCACAGACACAGACUGCCCCCAAGAAUUGCCAGGCCCGAGCAGUUCAGUUGACGGAGGAGGUGACCUGACGUUCCCCAUGGUCGUGAUGGGAUGGAUAGUGCUGGCUCUGCUUCUGUUCCUGUUCCGCCCAUCCAGUCUCAGGGGUCCCCGUCCCACAGGCAAAUCUCCUGGACCCCACAAUAGUGAUGGAAGAGAACCUCCAGUACCGCCUGUUGACUAGCAGUGAAACCGCCGAGCCAGCACUCCCCCACCUGCUCUGACUGGAGCUGCAGAGUUAGCUAGUUAUAGUGACCAGGACAGUGCCAUCUCCCUGUCAACCUCUUUUCAAAUGUCUUUUGCUUUUUUUCCCUGUUAUGAUUCUUCUGAAUGGAACUCAACUGAUACUGGAUUGAUUAGGCCAAUACAGAUAUGAUAUUUUGAAGGUGCAAAAAAUCAGAUAAUAUAAAGAUCAAUAUUAUUAUUUUUACAAAAACAAACAACAUAAAGAAUUUUGGCAUCUAUUUUUCAGCUUUGGUUACAUUGACAGAGAUAUAGACCGAAGCAGGAUACCUAACGAAGACUUUUGACCAGGGGAUGAGAAACUUAAUAACUAUAACAAAACACAAUUUUUCCUCAAAUGCAAAAGUUUAAUUAAAUAAGUAGAGAAAAUCAUAUUUUGUUCAUGUGCAGAUAUAUACACUGAUACAUUUGUAAUGAGCCACUUUUGACUGAUAACAUUGGCCAACCAUGUUAGCUCGAUAUCAUACCAGCUGAGCUCUUAUGUUUUUAAUCAGAAUGUCUGUUAUUGUUGUGAGUCAGUCCCUGAUCCCAGCUCUGGCACUGACUGAUCUGGAUCUCAGACAAGGAGCUCAAAAUGAAGUAAUGUGUCAAAUACUUUGAAGGAGAACAGAGGGGGGGCAGCACAGAGAUCCCCGCUGGGCAGUUAAAUGUCUUGUUCAAGUGCUUGCGGGGUAAUGACUGGUGGCGGGUUCUGUUCAGACUCCUCAGCAUUCCACUCUGUACACUUUACAGCUCUAAGCAGUGCCAUUAAUGAUGUCAUAUCACACAAUGUUUUAAUAGCAUAUUAAAAACUAUUACUAGACUGAUUACAUUUAAUGAAUUUAUAUGGUUAUAUUCUUUAUUAGGAUUUGGUGUACAAAACAUGACAAACUGGUUUUAAUGCUGUGAAUUUCUCUUGUGUGUUUACGCCCAGUCCUCAAUUAGAUGACAUACUCCCCUCAGCCAGCAAAUACUAAUGUCCUCUUACAUUAACUAUAUCUCUGUCCCUUUAUGUAACAGUGUGUCUGGUUACUGUGGUGUCGGUGAUUAAGAUGACAGUGAAGGAUCUCAGCCGUUUGACAGUUAAAUGCAGUCAUUGGAACUUUGUGAAAUGAGCUGAAUUGCAGGUACACAUAGAGGGUAGAACAAGUGUGGUCAUUGUGAAACAAUAUACUCAGUAAAGCAAAAAAUUUUAAUCAUAUUAAGAUUACAUGUGCUGUAUUUGUUUUGUGGAAAAGAAGAAAAAACUAAUUAUAUAUUAGUAGACAUUAAUAUUUUAGUAGCACUUUUCUUGUGGUGUGCUGUACUAAACUUCAGUUGUCUGAAUGAUGGCCUCUUCUAUUCUUACUGAGAAUCACAGCAGUCUGUAAUUGAUAUGGAGCAACCCAAAGUUUUCUACUUCACAACUUCUGUAUGAGAAUAUGUCAAUCCAGUGAAUAGUAUUUGAACGCAGAAAUGACUUUUCAAACAGUGCCAAUGUGAAUUCAUAGCUCUUGGCUUCAAUGCUCAUUCCAAAUUAGGGAACAGCAAUAUUUGAGGUCCUGUAAAAAAUUUGUAAUGUGUUGAAACAAGGCUUUUAAAAUGUUUCUUGGUUUGUGUUCCAGGGUACAUUCCUGUGAUAUCAGAAAUAACAUGAAUUAGUCUUAAUAUGAAGGAAUUUCUUAAAUAUAUGGUGUAAGAAGUAGGAUUCUGGAUGUGAUCUGUAACAACUGUGGGCCGAGUUCAUCCCGACAGUCUUUUGCUGCUGGCUCAUUUCCGUAUCAACAGAUUUUUGUUUGUCUUUCUAGACUUGUUUGGGAGAUGGCAGGGAGGUGACAUAAGGAAGGAAAGGGUAAAACAAACUGUAAUUAGUGCUGCACAAUUAAUGGGGAAGCCAACUACAUUGUUGAGAUGUACAAGUCGACUCUCUGGUGAGAUGGAGAGACCUUGAAUUACACUGUUACUGUCAAAGAGAAAAAGGGCUUCAACUAUGCACUUUUCUUAUAACAAAACAAAAAAUAAAAAGAAUUCAGUCUUC